UCUUCUUUUUCUUUCAUUAUUUUUUUUCCUAAUUCUAGUAAUUCUUCCUUUUUCACAAUACAAAAUUGUCUUACGGAAUUUCUUGCUUUUCAGUUUCAAGUUUUCCUUUCUCUUCAUUCAUCAAAUUCCUCGUUUCUCUGAUUCUCUUCCACUCUUCUUCUUCCCUUCAAAUCUGUCUCAUUCCUUCUCUUAAUACACCCUUCUCCAAUUCCUUCACUUUUCUAGGGUUUCCUGAAAUUUCUCAUCAAUUCUUUUCUCGAUUUCUUCCGUUUUACAUACGGUUCUGACGUGGGUGUUUACGAGAAGAAACCCGUUUUUCUGAUUUUUAAGCUUCUGGGGUUUUCUGCCACCGAUGACAUAUCAUGAGACGGAUAACGGCCGGAGAGGAGAAGUGGUGACGGAGGAUAUCGAGGUGGGAAUUGGAUGUGAUGAUGACAAUGGCGAUUAUGUUAGAUUGAGACAGAGUCCUUGUAAUUGUGAACCUGAUGUUUCCUCUGAUGGGGAUUCUUCUUCUAAACCUUGUUCUCCAGCAAGGUCUCUGUGGCUUUGGGUUCGUUUGGUGGUCUUGUUCGUUUUCUUGGUCUCGUUAGCUGUUGUUUUUUUCAAAUGGGUUGGACCAUUUUUCAUGAAUGAGGAAAUAAUACCAAUUAUAAAUUGGGAAGCUGAGACGCUUAGUACUCCAGUGCUGGCAGUUUUCGUUUUUGCCUCAGUAGCACUGUUCCCUUCAUUGUUUUUACCAUCUUCACCUUCUAUGUGGCUGGCAGGGAUGACAUUUGGUUAUGGCUUUGGUUUCCUGUUGAUUAUAUCAGCAGUAACUAUUGGUGUAUCACUUCCAUAUUUCAUUGGCUCCCUAUUCUAUCGGAAAAUUCAAGGAUGGUUAGACAAAUAUCCUAAGAGAGCUUCUGUUUUAAGAUUAGCGGGCGAAGGAGACUGGAUUCAUCAGUUUCGGGCAGUAGCACUAAUUCGGAUUUCUCCAUUUCCUUACAUUAUAUAUAAUUACUGUGCUGUAGCAACCAAUGUCAGAUAUGGUCCGUACAUCUUGGGGUCACUGGUCGGAAUGGUGCCAGAAAUAUUUGUUACGAUAUACACUGGCAUUUUAAUCAGAACACUGGCAGAUGCAUCGCAAAAUCAGCAGUUCCUGUCAGCCCCCCAGAUCGUAUUCACUGUCGUCGGAUUUUGCGUUACUGCAGCUACUACAGUUUUCUUCACUGUAUAUGCAAAAAGGAAACUGAAGGAAUUGCAGACAGAAGACGAUCAAUUAUUGCAGUAGUAAGGCCUCUUCCUUAGCCAGGCUAAACUUACUUAUUCGAGCACAUAGAGCUAAUGGACAAUGGUUGCAUUGAUCGAACAGUUUCAUAUCCAUGUUUGGUUUCAAAGAAGCUUUGAGUAAAAGGGAAACAGAGAAUAGUGCAAAUAUCAUACACCAGAUAUCAUAAAUCGAUUACGAAACUCACACCGAAAAGCAUCAAACAAAAUGAAACAAGUAUGUGGUCUUUUAUCUCUAUGUCUGCUUUCAAAUCUCAAUUGUAAUGGUUGGAAUGAGCUAUAAUGAAAAGUAUUAUUGGAUUGGAUUGGAUUGGAUUUAGGGGUAAAUGCAGGGUCUGUAUAUGAAAUGUUAUAGUGUUGUUUGGUGAUGAUGGUACAUAAUAUUCAUUCUUCUGCUACUGAGUUCACUGUCACUCAAUAGUUUAACAGUGAAUCAAUGUAUACAAUUUCCAUCAUUUUUCUCUUUCAAUUUCCAUUAUUCAACCUCUGUUGGCUUCA